ACUCUCCUCUCUCUCUCUCAAUUCCGGGCCUCCCCCCCGUCACAGGCUCACACCAAGAGGCAAUAGACUAUCUAACUGGACAUCAUCUAAACCCUACUUUCUUCCCCUAGGUUCUGUUACAGAGAGCAAGUAUGCUGCGUCGGAAAAUUAGGUUAACGAAGGAGUACUUGUACAGAAAGGGCUUGGAAGGCAAACAACGGUUGCUCUAUGAGAAGAAGCGCAAGAUCAGAGAAGCUCUAGAAGAGGGAAAACCAAUACCCACUGAGCUUCGAAAUGAGGAAGCUGCCCUUCGUGAAGAAAUUGAUCUGGAGGACGAAAACACUGCCGUGCCAAGGUCACAUAUUGAUGAUGAGUAUGCAAACGCAUCACAGAGGGACCCCAAAAUUUUACUAACUACUUCCAGGGAUCCGAGUGCUCCGCUGAUACAAUUUGCAAAGGAACUGAAACUUGUUUUUCCUAAUGCACAACAAAUGAAUCGUGGUGGCCAGGUUAUUUCUGAAAUCAUUGAAACUUGCCGCGCACACGAUUUUACAGAUGUUGUGUUGGUUCAUGAGCAUCGUGGUGUACCAGAUGGCUUGAUUAUAAGCCACCUUCCUUUUGGUCCAACAGCUUAUUUUCAACUACUCAAUGUGGUUACAAGACAUGACAUCAAAGAUAAGAAAACCAUGGGAACGAUGCCUCAGGUUUAUCCACAUUUGAUUCUCAACAAUUUCACGACUAAGUUGGGUGAGAGGACAGCAAAUAUUUUAAAGCAUCUCUUUCCAGUUCCAAAGCAGGACACGAAACGCAUAAUCACUUUCGCCAAUCAGUCUGACUACAUUUCAUUCAGGCAUCAUACUUAUGAGAAGCACGGAGGCCCUAAAUCCGUUGAGCUGAAGGAGGUUGGUCCUCGGUUUGAAUUGAGGCUUUUUAAGAUUAAGUUAGGAACAGUGGAUCAGAAUGAAGCCCAGACUGAAUGGGUUAUCAGACCAUACAUGAACACAGCCAAGAAACAGAAGUUUAUGGGGGAUUGAUAAACUACAAUUUUUACCUACAAUUUUGGUAACUAAUCCUUUGUAUGAUUCAACCAGCUGACCUCUUUUGGGCUCAUUGAUACAAUCAUCAGACUAUCCAGCCUCUUCAUCUUUUUCUGAUUUUUCUUCAGUGCGACUCCCAAUUCUUCGAAACUAGGGUAUGUUAGUAAUUUUCAUUUGUUUUUGUGCUUCUUUUAAAUUAAAAGAAACAGAUGAGAGCCGUUGUGUUGAAAUUACACAUGGUUCUGAAACUAAAAACUGAAAUGUAAAAAGUUAUCUUAAUUUUAUUUGCUUUCACUCUUUUCUUCAUC